AUGACUGAAAGCAAAACUGAAGAUCCUUACUCGGUAAUUGCAAGAGACUACCUAUAUCCAGUUGAUCAUGAGUUAUUUUAUGGGUUCCACGCGCGAAUCGUCGAGAAAGUAGAAGAAGACUAUGAAGACGAUGGAGAUGCGAGUGUGUUUAGCACAUUAAAUAAUGGUGAAGCUAAUGACUACGGAGCCGAAGAUUCCGAUGAUCCAAACACUAUACAAGUUGUUUGUGAUGCUGUUGCUCUAUAUGAUUUUGAACCUUUGCAUGAAAAUGAACUGGGCGUCUCCGAGGGUCAGACGAUAUGCAUCAUAUCAGAGGCUAGUCAUGGCUGGCUAGUUGCAUACGACGAAUUCUCGGGAGGAAGUGGUCUUGUCCCGGAGUCCUACGUUAAUUUAAUCCGGUAA